UUAUUGACGUCAUCACUCCCCGCACUGAGGUUCGGUCCCGGCGACAGACGCACACGUGUGGUCGUUGUAAACGUCUCUCCAUGGCAGGCUCGUUUUCUCAGGAGCUCGAGGAUUUGCUGAAUCCUUUACCGAAGUUCGCUGAUCCAGAGGACGGUGAUGAAGAUGAGGCCACGAAAGCGAGAGUGAUCGAAGGAUUCGAGGAAGAGGAAGAGGAGGAAGAUGGGGUCGGCACCAGCGCUCUGCGGAAGCACAACACAGUCCUGCUGUCAGAGACGGACAGACGGUACGUGGGGAAGAAGGUCUCUCGGAAACAGCUCCUGAUGGAGAUUGAGGGAUCUGAUGAUGAUGAUGAGGAGGAGGAGGAGGAUGGUAGCAUGGAAGGUGAAGAGGAGGAUGAAGAGGCUGAUGAUGAUGAUGAGGAGGAGGAGGAGGAGGAGGAGGAGGGUAGUGAUGCAGAGCGAGAUGGUGAGCUGCUAUCCAAGAUGAAAGGUGCUGACCUGACCUUUCCUCAGGGAGUGGACUUCUGCAAGCUGACAGACGGCAUGGACGACCUGGGAGUGAGUGAGGACGACGAUUAUGAAGGUGAGGACAGUGAAGGCAGCGAUGAAGAUGAGGGCUCUGAUGAUGAUGACGACAACGACGAGGAGAUGGAAGCAGAUGAGGAAACCGUCCGCACGUUCUCUCAAGACAAAGUAGACGAGGAGGUGGAGAAAGGGAAGUCCGUGAAGAACCAGCUGGCCCUGUACGACCAGCUGCUGGAGGGUCGGAUCAAAAUCCAGAAAGCCCUGAUGAUCGCCAACCAGCUCCCACAGCCGCAGACGUUCCCAGAGUUCAAGAGGAGGGGUGGCGCCGAGCUGGCGGGGGAGCUGAAGAACGCCCACAAAGCCCUGAAGGCUCUCCAGCGAUCCCUGCUGGAGCUGCACGAUCAGCUGCUGUGCCAGAACCCGGACACGAGGACCAUCGCUCUGGGAGCGGCGGCGGACGAGGACGAGGAGAUAAACAGCGACGAGAAUGGGGACGAAGAGGUGUCAGCGAAGGAGUUCGGAGCGCCCAAAAGAAAGCUGGAGAUGGCAGAGUAUCCGGACUUCAUGGCCAAACGGUUCGCUGCCUUCCAGCCGUAUCGAGACGCCACGCUGCAGAAGUGGCACGACAAAACCAGACUGACUAUGGGGAAAGGAAACAAGGGCUUCGGAGCGUUUGACAGAAACAUACUGACACAGGUGGAGCAGGUUCUGAUGGACAACGAGAGGCUGGUACGUCGAACCCAGACCAGGCGCUCAGAGUUCAGAGUCCUGGGGAAGAAAGAAGCUCCGGCUGUCGUCUCCGAGACCUUCGCAGACGGAGAGGAGGCGGGACAGCAGCUGAAGGCAAACGCACACCUGAAGGAUCUCGACGAGGACAUAUUCGACGACGACGACUUCUACCACCAGCUCCUCAGGGAGCUGAUCGAGCGCAAGACGAGCGCGUCGGACCCCAACGACCAGGUGGCCAUGGGCCGGCAGUGGCUGGCCAUCCAGAAGCUGCGCAGCAAGAUCAAGAAGAAGGUGGACACCAAAGCCAGCAAGGGCCGCAAAGUCCGGUUCCACAUCCACAGCAAGCUGGUCAACUUCAUGGCCCCCGUCGACCACAGCUCCAUGAGCGACGAGGCCCGCAGCGAACUGUACCACGGCCUCUUCGGUCAGAGCUCGGGCGUCAGGGAGUGACGUGGUGCCAAGGUGGCGUCACGUAAACAAGGCAGUGCCUUUUUUUUUUUUACAUCCCUCACACUCAGGAGUGUCGUCAGGCUGCCGCUCGGGUGGGACGAGCUCUUCAGACAGUUAUGGCGCUCUGACCUGACAGGAUGUGGACUCACUGGGCGUCUGUAGCUCCUGUUUAUACUGAGUGUCACUGUCAGUAUUUGUCGUUUGUUAAUGACCAAUCUGUGAUGAAUUAUGAGUGUUUCCACCAAAAAAGACUGCAGAGUGUUAUUUUCAUGUGUGUGCUUUCUAUAAGCUGUGUUCCCUAGAAAAAUAGUAGCUGCAAUCAGUAAACUGUUUGUGGUGGAGAUACACAGUCAAUCAAUAUGUUACUGCUUUAUAACACCAGGGAAUCAUGGGUCUUGCACCGUCAAACGUCGACUUAAAGCAACAGUUCAUCCAAUAAUAAAAAAAAAAGUCAGGUGAAGCGUCGGAGUCCACAAAACAUUUCUGGACCUUCACAGCAAAGUGGCAUCGCAGUGUUCCCCUAAACCACGGACGUAGAUGAGGACAGAAAACAAACGUAGAAAUAGCUCCAUACAACUUGUCUGGUGUAAUCCACUUCUCUUGAAGCUCAGAGAUCCCAGUCAGAUUAUUUACACCCCCCUCUUGUCUGUAACGCACAUCCAAACUGAAGCGGGUGCAGAAGCUCGGCGGCGUUCGGAGACGUCUCAGUUUGGGAUCUCUGGGCUUCAUGAGACGAGGAUUAAGCGAGACAAGCUGCAGGGAGUUCCCAUCUGCUUCAGUGAGGAGAUAAUGACGGAUUGUUCAUUAAUUUGGGUGAAUUGUUCCUUUAAGUCGUCAUUUCCACGAUGCAAGAACUGUGUCGCUCUUUAUUUUUCCCAAUUAGCAGCUCCUUCAUUUCCUUUGUGCAUUUGUGGGAGAAUGGUGUCCAUCAACAGCACAUAGAAAACUCA